AUGAGCAAGACACAAUUUCGUGAUUACUAUGAAGUUCUCGGAGUGACGAAGGAAGCUACGAAGGAAGAAAUUAGAAAAGCCUACAAGAAGCAAGCUUUAGUGUGGCAUCCGGAUCGUAACUUGGAUAAUCAAGAAGAAGCCACACAUAAAUUUAAAGAAAUUCAAGAUGCCUACGAAACACUCUUUGAUGAUAACGAAAGAGCAUGGUAUGAUGAGAAUAAACACAUCAUCAUGAAGGGAGGUAUGGCAGCAGCUAAAUCCGGAGCUUGUGAUGAUGAUGUGGACAGAGAACCUGAUCAAUUGAAUUUGUGGAGUUAUUUAUCAUCAUCAUGUUACACAACAUUUAAUAGCAAUGAUAAGGACAAUUUCUUCAAGAUUUAUCAAACAGUUUUUGAUACCAUUCUCAAGGAAGAUGAAGAAUAUAAAUCAUCGAAAAAAGUUGGUGGAAGUUCAAGUAAUAAUGCUAAUAUUCAAAGUCCUUCAUUUGGAGAUGAAAAUUCAUCAUUCGAACAGGUUAACAAAUUCUAUACCUAUUGGUCAACUUAUAGUACAAAGAGAUCUUUUGCUUGGAAGGAUAAGUAUAGAUUAUCGGAUGCAGAGAAUAGAUAUAUUAGAAGACAAAUUGAGAAGGAAAAUGAAAUGGAAAGAAACAAAGCUAGAAAGGAAUAUAAUGAUUUGGUUAAGCAUUUACUGAAGAAGGUUAAGGCAGACGAUCCAAGAGUUAAAGCCGAAAUGAAGAGAAGAAAAAAGAUGCAAGAUGAAAUUGAAAAAAAGAAGGAAGAAGAUAGACUUUUACAAGAAAAGUUAAAGAAGGAA